GGGCGGCCGCGCCGGCAUCCCUCGCUCGUGACCGCGGCGCCGCGUCUGAGGCGUCCAGGCGGCGGGCCCGCGCAGUCCCGCUCCGCGCACGCGCCGCGGCCUCCCGGUGCUGACAGCGCGAGCGCGCGGCCGGCGGAGCAGCACGAAUGUAUGACAGCAUGUCCACAAUGGUGUAUAUAAAGGAAGACAAGUUGGAGAAGCUUACACAGGAUGAAAUUAUUUCUAAGACAAAGCAAGUAAUUCAGGGGCUGGAAGCUCUGAAGAAUGAGCACAAUUCCAUUUUACAAAGUUUACUUGAGACACUGAAGUGUUUGAAGAAAGAUGAUGAAAGUAAUCUGGUGGAGGAAAAAUCCAACAUGAUCCGAAAGUCACUGGAAAUGUUGGAGCUUGGCCUGAGUGAGGCACAGGUUAUGAUGGCUUUGUCAAAUCACCUGAAUGCCGUUGAGUCAGAGAAACAGAAACUGCGUGCGCAGGUUCGUCGUCUGUGCCAGGAGAAUCAGUGGCUGCGAGAUGAAUUGGCCAACACGCAGCAGAAAUUACAGAAGAGUGAGCAGUCUGUGGCUCAACUGGAGGAAGAAAAGAAGCAUCUGGAAUUCAUGAAUCAGUUAAAAAAAUAUGAUGAUGACAUUUCUCCAUCCGAGGACAAAGACACUGAUUCCACCAAAGAACCUCUGGAUGACCUUUUUCCAAAUGAUGAUGACGACCCUGGUCAAGGAAUCCAGCAGCAGCACAGCAGUGCAGCAGCGGCCGCCCAGCAGGGUGGCUACGAGAUCCCUGCGCGGCUGCGCACCCUCCACAACCUGGUCAUCCAGUAUGCCUCGCAGGGGCGCUAUGAGGUUGCCGUGCCCCUCUGCAAGCAGGCCCUGGAGGACCUGGAGAAGACUUCUGGCCAUGACCACCCGGAUGUGGCCACCAUGCUGAAUAUUCUGGCCUUGGUGUACAGAGACCAGAAUAAAUACAAAGAUGCAGCUAAUCUACUGAAUGAUGCCUUGGCCAUCCGUGAAAAAACUUUGGGCAAAGAUCAUCCCGCGGUGGCAGCAACUCUGAAUAACCUCGCAGUGUUGUAUGGCAAAAGAGGGAAGUACAAAGAAGCUGAGCCGCUGUGUAAAAGAGCUCUGGAGAUCAGAGAAAAGGUUUUGGGAAAGGAUCACCCUGAUGUUGCUAAGCAGUUAAAUAACUUGGCCUUACUGUGCCAGAACCAGGGCAAGUACGAAGAAGUAGAAUAUUAUUAUCAAAGAGCCCUCGAGAUCUACCAAACAAAACUGGGACCCGAUGACCCCAAUGUGGCCAAAACAAAAAAUAACCUGGCAUCCUGCUAUCUGAAGCAAGGAAAAUUCAAGCAAGCAGAAACGCUGUACAAAGAGAUUCUCACUCGUGCCCAUGAAAGGGAGUUUGGUUCUGUAGAUGAUGAAAAUAAACCCAUUUGGAUGCACGCUGAAGAAAGAGAAGAAUGCAAAGGAAAGCAAAAGGACGGGACAUCUUUUGGAGAGUAUGGUGGCUGGUAUAAGGCCUGCAAAGUUGAUAGUCCAACUGUUACAACUACUUUAAAAAACCUUGGGGCACUUUACAGACGUCAAGGCAAAUAUGAAGCUGCAGAAACAUUGGAAGAAGCAGCCAUGAGGUCACGUAAACAGGGUCUUGACAAUGUUCACAAACAGAGAGUAGCUGAAGUGCUGAAUGACCCUGAGAACAUGGAGAAGAGGAGAAGCCGAGAGAGCCUCAACGUGGACGUGGUCAAGUACGAGAGUGGCCCUGACGGAGGGGAGGAAGUGAGUAUGAGCGUAGAGUGGAAUGGGAUGAGAAAAAUGAAGCUCGGGCUGGUUAAAUGACUUGCUCAGCGUCCCAUGGCCUAGCUGCCUUGUGUGACACUCACACUGUCUCCUGCAUGACGGGCGGCACCUCCUCCAGCUUUACUUCUCUCUCCAGUGCUGACUGCUGUGUUUAGCAAUCCCCUAGGAUUCUUGUCAGAGCUACACCUCUCUGUGACUGGCCAUUCCUUUCGGUGCUGCUGUCCUUUUGGGGGGUUCCUUAUCUCUGUAUACAUGUAGCUUUGCCAGAUAUGUACUUAGUAAUAUUAUAAGCUGUAUUAAUAAAAACCAUUUACUGUGUAAUACAUGAGUUUAAAAAUUGAGUGAUUAGCUGUUCACUUUGAUAAAAGGUAGUUAGAAAUGCUCCACAGGUGUUAUUGCAGUGGCAUGACGGUGACUGUUGACACUAGCUAGGCUGUAAGAGUAGGGCAUGUGCUGCUCCCAUUGUACUCAGAGAUCUGGUGGGACCAACCGGGGCUCUGGGCUCUCCCCUUAGGAUCACACUCAAGUAGCAUUUGCUGUGUAGUCUUUGUGUGAAAUUUUGGCAAUUCUGCUUUUCUCUACUAAUCUUAAAUGUUCAGUGAUUUGUGUAUUUGUGUCUUUCUAACUUCUAAUAAACUCACUCUAACUGACCUGUGUCUUGGUGUCUGUCUGCUUAGUAGAACUUCUCACUCUUUCCAUGGAAUGCAGCAUUGCAUAGCUUCUAGAAGGAACAGGGCUACUGUUAAUCUUACUAAGUGAUUCAUUCUGAGAAUAAAAGUUGCUAUAAACACAUUUUUUUCACUCUGUGUUUUUGAUUUUCAUAUCUGGAUACUGCCAAAUGUUUCACUUAUUAAUGUCUGAAUCAGUGAUUAUGAAAGCUGGGCACUCUUUUACUUGCUUCCUGUAAGAUGUGUGAGGGUUUUUAGUUAUUUGUAUAGAACGAGCAUUUUAUUUGAUUUUCUAACCAUAUUUAUAAUCAACAUUAGUAAAACUGUUCUUUAAAAUUUUCUAAAGAAACAGUAUGUCUAAGUAUUGCAUUUAGAUGAAGUUGUUAAAAGGAAGUUGCCUGUCAGAUCUGAAUGUUCUGGGCCCGUACUGUUAUGUGGACCAGACACUUCCGUACUCACUAAACGUGGGGUCUGACUGGUGAGAGUCCUAGACGCUGCCUUAAUUUUCUUGAGAUUUUUUUUGUGUGUUAUCUUUUGUUUCAGAA